UCCUUGUGAGAGUGCCUGAUCAGGUUGUCAGCACGAUCUCUGAACAUUCGAAGGGCAGCAGGAUCGGAUGCUCUCGACCCGCUAAGUUGAAUCUUCCCCUGCAGCGUGAGUGGCUGCCGAUCCGCGCAACGGCGGUAGACAAUAUGAUCAUUCGAGCGCUGGCCAGCAGAGAGGUUAAGACCAUCAACAAUUGGACUUCAGCCAGUCGCUGUUCCGCGGGAAAAAAACAGUCAUCAUCAUGACUGAAGCGACUGGACCGAGUCUAGCCAUCAGACACUUGGUCUCAUGUCUCAUGUUGCGUUCAGGCUCUCGCAUUGUGAGCAUUUUGACCCAGAUUCGAUCGUCCAAGCGCUCUGGGCAGCUUUUCAGACUGGAAACAGUGUUUUACUGCGCGCCAAGCCUUUGUGCUUGUAAUAUGGACUGUAUCGCUCAGUCACCAAAACACAGUGAGACAGGACAUAUACAGUUAAAAUAUGCCGAUUUCAGCGUUACAAGAGAAAUGAUAACACUGCGUCUGAUCCCAUUCAUGAUUACCGCUGCGUUCCGUCGUGAUCACUGGAUACUUCCGCUGCGGCCCUCGAGGCACACUUCUCGGCUUCCGGAUUAGGCCGUUCGUUUGUCUUGAGCGCUGAUACCGAGCUCGAAGGGAGCAUCCCUGAGCACUUUAGUAAGGCUCUUGGAAGGCAUGAGUAUAUCACUGCGAGGCUGCUUCUCGCGCGUAGUAGCUGUUCUACACUCAGCCAGCCCCCGGCUCCCUAACAAAAAACGAUGCCGCCCAAGUCAUCAUCCGCAGGCACCCAGCUGCCGAAGCGGUCGCUGUGGUCAAUGCCACGGGGACAGUCGACGAUCG